AUGGCGCCCUCCUCCACGAUAUCAUCAUCGUCGGCGGCGGCCCCUGCUGCCUUUGCGGCUGCCGCCCGUCUGCGAGAGCAGAACCCGGCCGUCAUAUUUACCGAUAAGGAGCAGCAGCGCUUGCACUGGAUGAGGCGGCACGGCAAGAAGAUGGCGCUGAAGAACACCAAGAACGGCCUGCUGUCGGGGGCGCAUGAGCUGGGGCGAGAGCGGGAGCUGAUUGAGAUCAAGGGAUGCGUAGGCAAGGAGGUCAGCAUGCACGUGAAGAAGAUGAGGGGGAAGUUCACGCUGAAUAAAUCUGACUCGCGCAUCGCCAUCAACGAACGCGGCCGCAAGGACCACUUCAACCCGACCCAAGCCCUGCUCUCCGGGCACAGCAGCCACUUCAUCAGCCGAUACAACCUCAACACCGGCCUCGUCCACAAAGAACGUGUCCUCGACAUCUCGUGCACCCCCGUCCACGGCCUCUUCUCCCCCGAUGACAACGAAUCCCUCUCCACCGUGCACACAAACAAAGGCACACCCCACGCCCACAUCAUCAUCCUAGCCGUCGGACUAGGUAACCGCCCGUGAAUGCCCUCCAUCUUAGGCAACCUCAGCACCCCCUGCACCCCAUCAAGCAAUAUCAACACUUGCCCGCAAGGAAACCACGCAAUGCACCUCCCCGCCUUCCUCCCCUCUCCUCGCCCACCGCAUCCCUUAGCCUAACCGGCACACCAACGUGCUCAUCGUUGGCCGCGGCCUCAACCUCGGCCCAGCUCGCCGACCCGGCCCUCCAGCGCGGGGGUCGGCACCGUCUGGCACGUCAUGCGCGGUCCUAUGCGCGUCAAAGACAUUUUGACGUCGACCUCGAGUUGGAUAGGCAAGUUUCGCAAUGUCGCCAAGGCGCGGUUCUGGCUGGGGGAUAGCGACGAGGGGAGGCUUGCUUUGCUUCAGGC